CACACAGACACACACACACACACCACACACACCUGGAUCUCUCUCCUAUUCCCUUCCUUGUCCUUCAUGACCUCAUUCUCUCCCUGGUCCUCCAGGUGAGUGCCCACGCCUGCUGUCACCAUGACGACCAUUCACCACCAGCAGCUGCUGCAGGAGCACGUGUCCAUGGAGUUCUCGAGCUCCACCACCCACGUGCAGACCUUCUCCCAGACAACCAAGAUCGUGGGAGAGGAAGUCGUGACAAGCAAGUCCUCGAGCACCGUAGAGUUCUUCAGCUUGGUCACUCGGAGUUCUGACAUCCCUCCGGGCGAGAGCAUCCCAGAGUUCGUGGAGAAACCCCACCCGGUCACCGCGUCCGAGGGGGAUAAAGCCGUGUUCCGAGCCCGGGUGCAGGGAAACCCCAAACCCAACAUCUCCUGGAAGAGAGAGAGCGGCAUCCCCAUCAAGGAGUCGGCCAAGAUGUUCUACGACAGCAUUAACAAGGAGCACGUGCUGAAGCUGGAGCCACUGACCUCCGAUGACUCUGACAACUACAAGUGCAUCGCAAGCAAUGACCAUGCAGAUGCCAUCUACACUGUGUCUUUGCUAGUGACAGAAGGUCAAGAGAAAAUGGAUUUCAAAAAGAUGUUGAAAAAGAGGGCACCCCCUGCUCCCAAGAAGAAGCAGAAGAAGGGAAUAGGUGAGAAAGAGAUGCUGGAGAUUUUGUCCAAGGUGCCCAAGAAGGACUUUGAGAAGGUCUGCAUGGAGUACGGCUUCACCGACUUCCGGGGCCUGCUCAAGAAGCUCAAAGAGAUGAAGAAAGUGGAGGUGGAGACCAUCCGGAUUCUGAAGCCCCUGGAAGACAUACAGACCAAGAUUGACACCACUGUGGUCUUUGACUGCAUCAUGGAGCUGAAGGAUCCCAAUGUCAAGAUGAUAUGGAUGAAGGGUAAUGAACCACUGAGGAUCCAGUACUCCCUAGGCAAGUAUGAUGUGAAGCAGAUGGGCACGAAGCACAUGCUUGUUAUUACAAACGUGAAUAUGAAUGACGCAGGCACCUACAGCCUGGUCGUGGGUGACAAGCGGAUGACAGCAGAGCUCACAGUGCUGGAUGAGCCACUAAAGUUCUUGGGAGAGAUGAAGCCAGGGAAGGUGACAGAGCGCCAGACAGCUGUAUUUGAGAUCCGCCUCUCCAAGAAAGUGCCUAACUUUGUGUGGAAGUUCAAUGGGAAGGAGCUGAAGAGGGACGAAAAGUAUGAAAUCACAGUGUCUGAGGAUGGUCUGACUCACACACUUAAGAUUAAGGAUGCCAGACUCAGUGAUGCUGGCGAGUUCUCUGCUGAAGUGGGGGACCUGGUACAGAAGGCCCAGCUCACUAUUGACCGCAUCCCCAUCAAGUUUGUGAGAACCCUCAAGAAUGUACGUGUGAAAGAGAGAAGCCGCGCAUGCCUCGAGUGUGAGCUGACAUCCAAGGAUGUGACACUGCACUGGAAGAAGGAUGGGCAGCUGCUGGAACGCAGCACCAAGUACAGCAUGAGCCAUGAGGGCAAGCGAGCAGAGCUGGUCAUUGAGGAUGCACUUCUCAGUGACAGUGGCGAGUACACCGUGGUGGCCAUGCAGGAUGGAGACCCCACUGAAUACUACAGUACUGCCAUGGUCACUGUGGAGGAGCGUCUGGCCACAGUGAAGAGCGGGAUGUCUGACGUGCACGCGGCCACUGGGAGCCCGGCUGAGCUGUGCGUAGUGCUCAACGACGAGAAGGUGGAGGGCGUGUGGCUGAAGGACGGCAAGGAGAUCACCGACUUGCCGGGCGUGCAGAUCGUGAAGCAGGGUGCAGUGCACAAAAUCAUCUUCCCCAAUAUGGGUCCGGAGCACGAGGGCAAGUACACUUUCCGGGCCAAGGGCGCAGAGAGCGAAGCCUCGGUAUUCAUCGCAGAUCCUCCUACCAUCGACCCAUCCGUGCUGGAGGCGCUGGCCGCACACCCCGUGACUGUGAAGGUGGGCCACACGGCCCACAUCAAGGUGCCCUUCCGGGCGAAGCCGCUGCCCAAAGUGACGUGGUACAAGGACGGCGUGGAGGUGACGGAGGAGGAACGUGUGUCCAUGGAGCGUGGGGAAGACCAGGCUCUGCUCACCAUUUCAAAUUGCGUGCGUGAGGACAGUGGCCUGGUUCUGCUCAAGCUCAAGAAUGACCACGGCACAGCGACAGCCUCUCUGCACCUCAGCGUGCUGGACCGUCCCAAGCCUCCCCAGGGCCGGGUGGAGUUCCUGGAACUCUCGGGAAGCUGUGUGCACAUGAAGUGGAAGGCCCCGAAGGACAACGGCGGGCGGCCUGUGACGCAGUUCAUAGUCGAACGGAGGAUGGUCGGCAAGAAGUCCUGGAUUAAGAUAGGCGAGGUGGACAGCAAAUUCACGAAAUUCUCCACCAACAAGAUAGAAGAGGGGAAAGCCUACCAGUUUCGUAUCCUGGCGGUUAAUUCGGAAGGAGUGAGCGACCCGCUGGAGACGGAUGAAGUGUUUGCGGGAAAUCCCAUAGAGCCUCCUGGUCUUGCCUCCCAGCCUCAAGUGACUGAUGUGACCAAAGAGGCCAUGACCAUUACAUGGAAUGCCCCAACCCAGGACGGGGGAGCCCCAGUGCUUGGCUACAUUGUGGAGCGGAGAAAGAAAGGCAGUAACCUAUGGGUGCCAGUCAACAAGGACCCCAUCCAAGACACCAAGUGCACCGUGGAUGGUCUCCUGGAGGACACAGAAUAUGAAUUCCGAGUUAUAGCUGUGAAUAAGGCAGGCCCCGGACAGCCCAGUAUGGCAUCCAACUCAGUGGUAGCCAAGGACCCCGUCAAACCCCCAGGCCUGGUGCAGGGUCUGCACGUGUCUGAUUCCUCCAACUCCAGCAUCUCCCUGGCCUGGCGGGAGCCUGCAGAGGGAGACCCCCCCUCCGGUUACAUCCUUGAGAUGCGGGCGGAAGACACUAAGGAGUGGUCCAAGUGCACAAAGAUCCCCAUCUCGGGCACCUGCUACACGGUGGGAGGCCUCACCGAGAGGCAGAAAUACUUCUUCCGAAUCCGGGCUGUGAAUGAGGCUGGGGUCGGGGAGCCUGUGGAGCUGGAUGAGGGGGUCCGUGCCAUGCCCCCACCAGCUGCCCCCAAGUUUGACCUCAGUGCCCGGCUGAAGAGUCACAUGGUGGUGCGCGCUGGGACAGCCCUCUGCAUCCACACUGCCUUCUCUGGGUCACCACCACCCAAUGUAAUCUGGCAGAAAGACGGCAUCCCCACCAAGGGCCGGGAAACCAUCACCAAAAGCAAAAACCACUCCCAGUUCCUCAUCAACAGCACCAAGCGCUCCGACUCAGGGGUGUACCGCAUCUUGCUGCAGAACGAGUUUGGAGAGGCAUCCUAUGACAUCCACGUGCGUGUGACAGAUUUCCCACGGCCGCCCACAAACCUACAGCUGUUUGAGGAGGUCCCCAACACAGUGACUCUGACCUGGAACCACAGCCCUGACGUGCAGGAGGACAGCGAGGCCCACUACGUGAUCCUGAAGCGGGAUGCCAGCACCGCCACCUGGUUCACGGCCGCCGACCACGUGUUCAGCAACAAGUACACGGUGACCGGGUUGCUCCCCGGCAGGAAGUACUACUUCCGAGUGGUGGCCCGGAACGAAAUUGGUGACAGCGACCCCCUUGACUCCAAGGAUACCUGGCACGUCAACAAGGACAAGAUCGAGGACCUGAGCGCCACGCUGAAGCCCUACCAGCAGAAGGACUGGCGCCACGCGCCGCGCUUCGUGACCCCGCUCAAGCCGCACACGGUGCUGCGCGGCCAGGACUGCACCAUGACCUGCGCCUUCCUCGGGAACCCGCGGCCCACGGUGACCCUCUACAAGGGCGACGUCAACAUCACGGCCAACUCCAAGUUCUGGUACAACUCCACCAGCGGCGUCUGCACGAUCGUCAUCCCCACCUGCACGCUCAAGGACAGCGGCGAGUACAGCGUGCUGGUGGAGAACGAGCUGGGCAAGGACCGCAGCAGCUGCGCGCUCACGGUCUACGACAAAGAUGACAAGUCAAUUCUAGCAUCAGUCACUGAAAGUCUGCAGAAGUCAAAGUACCUUAUGUGAGCUCCGGCCCAGGCCAAGCAUCAGGAGGAUAUUGUGAGGGCUUAUCCUGUUGUUUCUGGGUCUCUUCCGUGCAUGGCCCCAGUGAGGGCGACCCCGUUUGCUCUCUGGUGCUCGUCCGUGUAAACAGUCCAUGAAGGCAUGGGAUAAUAAACUGACUAAGCUCACCCCUGCCUGUUCCUGAGGGUGAUGUGCAGGGACCAAGGACAUGGACUUGGGAGUGGAUGGGGGCACACGGAGCAUGGACCCCAAGUCACACACUUACCUUGAGAGUGACUGGCCUUGGCUUGCCUUCCCCUCCCCGGCAGCCCCAGUGCACCCUCCCCUCCCCUUGGGGCAAGGUUAAACAAGUCCUAAUAGGCUUUAUCCUUCUCCUGGUCCUUCCCCCACCCCCCUUUCUUCACCAGGUGUGUCGUUGUUGUCGUCGUCAUCAGAGUUCUGGGGUUUGAAGGGAUCAGGGCCUUGCCUCUUUAGUGUCCAGGAUUCCCGCUAUUUCAGAAUUAGUGCAUCUCAGAGCUAGAAGGGAUUGGUCACCCAACUCACUAGGUUUCAAACUUAGGUUUUACAGCAGAAUUCUCUCUUUAACAAAAAAAAAAAAAAAAAAAAAAUCAUAAGAAACUACCGGACUUCAAACAAGGAUAGGGGGAUCUCUGAGCCUCCCUCCUCUACUUCUUUCACUAUCUCCCCCCAACCAGAGGUCUCUAAAAAUCCUAAUUUGAAAAUCAUGAAUUCACCCAUUCACCCAUCACUGGACUAAGUCUCCUCUAUCCAGUCCUCACUACUCUACACCCUCCCGGCUAAGGGCACAUUCACCACCACCCAAGACUUCCCUCUCAGCUUCUGGGUCAGGCAACUGCCCAUUAAGAUGCAAAUGCCCCUGGUGCGGAGUGACUCCACUCCAUUGUUUCGCCAAGGGCUUCCCAUCUAAAGUGCAAAUCAACCAAUCUAAUCUCCCUCCUCCCCACUGUUUGACUGAGCCCAGAGUCCAAGGAGAGAGGAGACGCUUGAAGGGAAUCUGGAUCACUCGAGUGAGCAGGCAGCAGUAAAGGCCACUGAGUAACCACGAAUUCCCAAAGGUGCCAGGCACCCGUGCACAGGGCAAUGCAUCCAGGAGAAACUUGGAUGGUGGCAAAUACUACCCAUCCCCCAUCCUCCGGAACUACAUCCUCACCCAUACACGUGACCAAGGAAGUGAAGGCCCAUUCCAACCGGCACCAUGUCACCAGAGCCAGGGAGCCAGCCUGGCGCCAAGAUGCACUGGCCAGCACUGUGACC